AUUCUUCCAGCUAUCUCACUGGAUGGUGUCUUACAUCUUGAUAUCCAAGACCGUCCAUAUACUGCCGCAACCUUCAAUGAAUUUAUAGAGGGUUUAUUCGACAAUAUGAACCCAUUCCCACAGAAGAACUCUGUCAUCAUGAUGGACAAUGCUAGCAUACACAAGUUGGCAUAUCUCGAAGAAAUGAUCCAGCAAAGGUAA